AUGGACGACUCAGAAGGCAAAUCACCACCCGAUGGCGUGCCCAAGUGGCAGCUUAACGCGCUCGGUGAUAAUGCGACCCCAGAUGAAGCACAACCGCAACAAAGUAGCGACACAGACAAGCUAGAAGUUGCGCGACGGUUUCUGGACGAUGAUGCUGUCAAGACGGCUCCCCGAGAUACCAAGGUCGACUUUCUCAAGUCCAAAGGCGUCGAGGAUGAAGAUAUCGAGCAUCUUCUCGGUGGGUUAGAAGAGGCGCCGUCAUCAGAGAAGGAGUCCACACCAUCAGACGAGUCCAACCAAAAAGCAUUGCAAGUGCUCGAAAAAUCAUUCGCCCCGAAACCACCCGCCGUUCCCCAACCCCCGACCUCUAUCCUCGCAGGCAGCGAUCGGCCUCCCGUAGUGACAUACCCCGAGUUCCUCACCAAGCCCCAGCGCACACCCCCCUUGGUCACGACCAACGGGCUCCUCAAUACCCUCUACGCCUUUGGAGGCUUGUCGACGCUUCUAUAUGGCGCGAGCAAAUUCGCCGUCGAGCCGAUGGUGGAGAAACUGACAAACGCGCGAAUCGAUUUACACGAGACCACCGCGAACCGACUGGAUUCCAUCGUGACCCAGCUCGAAAACACCGUCUCUGUCGUCCCAUCGUACAAGAGCUCCGCAAACACCGCCUCGGAGGCGACCGAAUCCGAAGACCCGUCUGAAAUGUUCCACCGUGACGUCGGCACCCAGACGUCUUUCCCCAACAGCCCUUCGUCCUCGACUCCCAAGGGCAAAGACGAGGCGCAGUCAAAGGUCCAAGCCGAUCGCCUUUCGAAACUGACAAAGUCGCUAAAGGGGCUUACGGACGACUUUAAGAAGCAGAGCAACGAGUCCCAGGAUAUCAAGGUAUUGCUGGACGUCUUCCGCGACGAUCUCGAUAACAUGACAUACGGACACCAUGCCGAAUUAUUCGGAAACUUUGACAAGAGGAAGAAGAAGGACUCGGAAGACGAAAUCCGGAAAGUAAGGGAUAACAUCCGAAGGAUAAAGGGCGUUCUUUUGAGUGCGCGGACUUUCCCUACCUCUGCUAGGUAA